AUGGCCGGCGGUGCAGAAACUGAACCAUUCCCUCCAAUCAACCAAGAUGCGUCAGAGCUGAGUCAGACCUCGAGAUCCAGGAGCGUCUCGGACAACCGCCGCGCCGCAUCAUCUUCGCUAAGUGGCCGCUUGCGUCGCGUCUCCCAAUCUUUUGGACAUUCUGAUAUCCCCGAGGGCUUUUUUGCUGCCACAGGAGGAAUAGCAUCAUCGAUUGUCUCGCAGCAGGCCGCUCCUCGACCAUUUUCGAACUCGGUCGGCUCAACCAAGACUCGGACUGCCACAUCGGAACCUCUAACCACGGCGUCUGCUCCCAUUCAAUCCGUCCUUGAAGAAAGCGCCACAGAAAACAAUCGGCAUUCAAGGCCGGGACACCAGAAUGUGACGAUUGUCGCCGCCGAGCCAGCCUCUGCCGCGCCAUUUCCGAAUGGCUAUCACUUCCCGCCGAAACACUCUUUUGGCGAGUCAUUGAACCUGGGUACACUGGCGUUUUGGAAUUAUGUACUCACUCCCCUCGGCUUUUUCGUUACCGUCUAUGGGCUAAAUGUGGUUGCUUGGGGGGGGAUGCUGUUCCUUCUUCUCUGCAAUGCUUCUCCUGCCAUGUGCCAUCCCACCUGUGAUGACAUCAACUCACCCCGCCGUAUUUGGAUUGAAAUUGACUCGCAAAUUCUAAAUGCUUUGUUUUGUGUCACUGGAUUCGGUCUUGCCCCGUGGCGGUUCCGAGACUUGUACUUCGUCCUCCAGUAUCGGCUUUGCAAACGAGAAAUUGCGCUUCGGCGACUUGCUGCCAUUCAUCGAUCAUGGUUUCGAUUACCAGGCUCAAACGAACUACCACCGAACCUGGGCCCAAAUAACGUUGAGGAGCAGGAGUUUCAGUCAGUUUUCCCCUCAGCGAUACCGUUUCCGGAAACAAAACUUCCAGAAGCUCCUCUCACUGGGAUGCGAGCGCCUGAAACGAAAGUGUGGAAGUUGGACCUGGUCAUCUGGCUCAUGGUCGCGAAUACUUUCUUUCAGUGCGUUCUCUCAGGUUUCAUGUGGGGCAUGAACCGUUAUGAUCGGCCAAGCUGGUCCACAGGGCUAUUUGUUGCUCUGGGUUGCAUAGUUGCGGGCGUGGGUGGUUUCAUCAUGUUUCUGGAAGGUAAAACGGUCAAGGGCAUAGAAGGAGUGCCAGUGAGUCAAAUGGACAUGGAGCGUCUUGCGAGUGACAGAGAGCAAGGCAUCUGGCAUUUCAACAAUAUUCAUGACAAAAAGGUUGAGGAGAAAGGAAGGAAAGGGGCAGAAUAA